GUGUGCGUGUGUGUGUGUGUGGGGGUGGGUGGGUGUGUGUGGGUGUGUGUGCGUGUGUGUGAGAGAGAGAGCGUGGAGCAGGUAAACGUCACAGUUUGCCCAGCAAGCUGCGAGCGCGGGCCACACUUCCUCAAUCGACGGAAUCACAGAGCGAAAAGACUAGAGGAAGAUAAAGAGCAACUUUCGUCGUGCUUCGGCGAUAUAGAAACAGCAGAACUUGCAGGAAGAGCAGGUGGCCUUGGUACUCGGCACCAUGGCUCCUUUCUUGAGGAUUGCCUUCAACUCGUACGACUUGGGCGUCAUGCCUCCUCUGGUUGACCCACCUUUCUGUGCAAUCAAGAUGAAGGAGGCCUUGACAACUGAACGAGGUAAGACCCUGGUACAGCGCAAACCCACCAUGUACCCGGCCUGGAAGGCCAGUUUCGAUGCGCACAUCUAUGAGGGUCGUGUGCUGGAGGUACUGCUGAUGAAGACAGCAGAGGAGCCUCUUGCUGAGGUCACUGUUGGAGUGUCUGUCCUUGCUGAGCGCUGCAAGAAAGCCAAUGGGCGUGCUGAGUUCUGGGUGGAUCUCCAUCCUUCUGGGAAAGUGAUGAUGGCUGUGCAGUAUUUUCUGGAGGGAGUGGAUACAGAGGGUAAGCAGGCUGCCAAGGAGGAAGAGGAGGGUCCUACCCUGAACCGUAGACGAGGGGCCAUCAAGCAGGCCAAGAUCCACUUCAUAAAGAACCACGAGUUCAUUGCCACGUUUUUCAGGCAGCCUACUUUCUGCUCCGUGUGCAGAGAAUUUGUCUGGGGACUCAACAAGCAAGGCUAUAAAUGCAGACAAUGCAAUGCAGCCAUCCACAAGAAAUGCAUAGACAAAAUCAUCGGGAGAUGUACUGGUACUGCUGCCAACAGUCGCGAUACUGUGUUCCAGAAGGAGCGCUUUAAAAUUGACAUGCCGCACCGUUUCAAGAACAACAACUACAUGAGUCCAACAUUCUGCGACCACUGUGGAAGUCUGCUGUGGGGUAUUGUCAAACAAGGCCUGAAGUGUGAAGAUUGUGCCAUGAAUGUCCAUCACAAGUGUCAGGACAAAGUGGCCAACCUUUGUGGUAUCAACCAGAAACUACUAGCUGAAGCACUCACAGAAGUCAGCCAGAAAUCGUCCAUCCGCCACUCAGAUCCGAACCUGCCUGAUCUGCCUGAUAUUGGAAUCUACGAUGAAGUUAGCAAGCUUGCCGGACUGGAUAUUAAUGAUGGAUCUCCUUAUGGCAGACUGUGGGAGGGGGCCAACUCAGGGCCUCAGUCUCGUAUCACCCAUUUGACCCGCAUCAACGUGGACAAUUUUGUCUUCCACAAGGUCUUGGGAAAAGGCAGCUUUGGCAAGGUUCUCCUGGCAGAGCUGAAGGGUCGUGGUGAGUACUUUGCAGUGAAGGCUUUGAAGAAAGAUGUAGUGCUGAUGGAUGACGAUGUGGAGUGCACUAUGGUGGAGAAGAGGGUCUUGGCUUUAGCCUGGGAAAACCCCUUCCUCACACACCUUUACUCCACCUUCCAUACCAAGGAGCAUCUGUUCUUUGUUAUGGAGUAUCUGAACGGAGGAGACCUGAUGUUUCAUAUUCAGGAGAAAGGGCGCUUUGACCUCAACAGAGCCACGUUCUACUCUUCUGAGAUCAUUUGUGGUCUUCAGUUCUUACAUACCAAAGGGAUCAUCUACAGAGAUCUUAAGUUAGACAAUGUGAUGCUGGAUCAUGAGGGACACAUAAAGAUAGCUGACUUUGGCAUGUGCAAGGAGAACGUGUUCGGAGAGAAUCGUGCAACAACCUUCUGUGGUACUCCUGACUAUAUUGCUCCAGAGAUCCUGCUCGGUCAGAAAUACUCAUUCUCCGUUGACUGGUGGUCAUUUGGGGUGUUGCUAUACGAAAUGCUGAUUGGUCAGUCGCCUUACCAUGGAGAUGAUGAGGAUGAGCUAUUUGAGUCUAUCCGCAUGGAUACUCCCCACUAUCCUCGCUGGAUCAACAAGGAGGCUAAGGACAUGCUUGAGCGGUUGUUUGAGAGAGACCCAACUCGCAGGCUAGGAAUCGUGGGUAAUAUUCGUUUACACCCGUUCUUCAACACCAUCAACUGGCAGGCCUUAGAGAGGAGAGAGAUUGAACCCCCCUUCAAACCCAAAGUGAAAUCACCGGAUGAUUGUAGCAACUUUGAUCGGGAGUUCCUGAGUGAGAAGCCUCGUCUCUCCUACAGCGAUAAGAACUUCAUCGACUCCAUGGAUCAGGCGGCAUUCGCUGGCUUUUCAUUCAUCAACCCCAAGAUGGAGCAACUUUUAGAAAAGUGACUGACAACCAGACCUGGGUUACAUUUCUACAGCUUACGGAUAGUUUCCUUAUUCUGUUACAUUCUUAACGAGUGGGCUGCUCCACAGUCAAUAUUUGUGUGACCUUAUUUCAAACAGAAACUAUUCUCUAUGGUACGUGUAGAAACAAUAAGCGUAGAAAGGGCCCAUGUACUGUACAUAGUGAUGUCAUUGUGUUUGUUUGCAUGCUUAUUAUUUGUUAGGUUGUUAAGGCCAAUAUGAAUAAUAUGAAUAAUAAUAGGACGUAAGGUUGAAAAUCCUAACAUUCCACUUGACGUUACCGCUACCAUCUGCAGCCAUUUUGUGUCCCUUUUUGUAACAUUCAAUUCAACCCAACUGGGAUGAAAAAGUAUGAAGAGGUAAAGAAACCUAUAGAAAUACAUUACACUGUAGACUAAAUAAACCUAUAUAUAUCUUUAAAUAUAGAUAAAUACUGAAUGUUAUCUGUCUUUGAAACAUACUUAUUUAAUUUGGAUGAAUCAUGUCUUGCUGACAAAGAAAACCGUGUGGUGAUUGACUUUCCAGUACCAUGUAAAGAACUAUUUUUAACAGAGAAACAGCUUGUCUCAGUUGAACUGAAAGGUCCCGUCUGUGUACAGGGGAUGCAGUCGAUGCAAAGGGUCAAGUAAAUGUUGGUACUGAAAUGCUGUAUAUAGACAAUGUGUAUGUAUAAUGUUGUAACUUGUAUAUUGGUUAGCGAAGGAUGUACUUUUUUUUACUGUCUCCAUCUUUUACAUCUGAUUAAAAUAACAUCAACUCCCAA